AUGGCCGCCCCGCUGCCCGGUGUGCCGCGCGGCGCGGAGCGGGCGGCGGAGCCCGCGGGCGGCGGCCUCCGCAGCGCGGCGGGUUCCCCCUGCCCGCUGCCCCGGCCCCCCGGGGGGCACCCGCCGCCCUCGCCCCCCGACAGGAGCAAAAAGAAAGAUGACAAUAUUUUAGAGAUUCCGUCAAUUCCAAAUCCUUUUCCUGAGCUGUGUUGCUCUCCGUUUGCAUCAGUUUUGUCAGCCAGUCUGUUGCCCAAGGCAACUUCAAGAAAAAAGCAGGUAAUUAAAGUGUAUAGUGAAGAUGAUACUAGCAAAGCUUUGGAAGUACCAAGUGAUAUAACAGCCAGGGAUGUAUGUCAGCUGUUGAUAUUGAAGAACCACUAUAUUGAUGACCACAGCUGGACUCUGUUUGAACAACUUACCCACACAGGUUUAGGAAGAGCUAUAGAGGACCAUGAACUAGUGAUGGAUGUCCAGUCAAACUGGGUAAUGGAAGAGGAAAACAAACUGUAUUUUAGAAAAAAUUAUGCCAAGUAUGAGUUUUUUAAAAAUCCACUGAGCUUUUUUCCAGAUCAUAUGAUAUCUUUUCCAAGUGAGACCAAUACAGCUGUAAGCCACUCUGGGAUACUACAGAUGUUUUUAAGCUCCAGCACAUAUCCUGAGAUUCAUGGUUAUUUGCACGCAAAGGAGCAGGGAAAAAAAUCGUGGAAAAAAUUGUAUUUUCUUUUAAGAAGAUCUGGCCUUUAUUUUUCUACUAAAGGUACAUCUAAGGAGCCAAGACAUCUGCAGUUUUUCUGUGAAUUCAGCAAUAGUGAUAUGUACAUGUCUUUGACAGGCAAAAAGAUUUCUGGAGCACCAACAAACUAUGGAUUCUGCUUUAAGCCUAACAAAUCAGGAGGAAGCAGAGACCUGAAACAGCUGUGUGCGGAUGAUGAACAAAGUAGGACCUGUUGGAUGACAGCAAUUAGGUUGCUUAAGUAUGGGAUGCAGCUGUAUCAGAAUUACAUGCAACCAUAUCAAGGUAGAAGUGGCUGCAGCCCUUUGAAUAUAACACCUAUGAGAAGCAUUUCAGAAAAUUCUUUAGUAGCAAUGGAUUUCUCAGGACACAGAAGCAGAAUUAUAGAAAAUCCAACAGAAGCCCUUUCAGUUGCAGUUGAAGAAGGAUUAGCAUGGCGGAGGAGAGGGUGUCUACGACUCAACUCACAUGGUAGCCCUAUUGCAGUAUCUAACAUGGCUAUACACAAAUCUCAGUCAUGGUUUCAUCAUAAAAUCUCUAGAGAAGAGGCUCAGAGACUUAUAUUGCAGCAUGGACUUGUAGAUGGGGUAUUCCUUGUACGUGAUAGCCAAAGCAACCCCAAAACAUUUGUAUUGUCAUUGAGUCAUGGAUUAAAAAUUAAACAUUUUCAAAUUGUACCACUGGAAGAUGAUGGGAAGCUAUUCUAUACCCUUGAUGAUGGUCACACCCGAUUUACUGAUCUGAUCCAGCUAGUGGAAUUCUACCAACUUAAUAAAGGAGUACUACCUUGCAAGUUAAAACACUAUUGUGCACGAAUUGCUCUUUAACCAAAGCGUCUGUUGUUCCAUCACAGUGAAAGGA